UAGGUUCCCACUAAAGGACUCAAAACGUUUAAUCCAGUGGUUAAAAGCUGUUCAGAGGGAUAACUGGACCCCCACAAAGUAUUCAUUCCUCUGUAGUGAGCAUUUCACCAAAGACAGCUUCUCCAAGAGGCUGGAGGACCAGCACCGGCUACUCAAGCCCACAGCCGUGCCAUCCAUCUUCCACCUGACUGAGAAGAAGAGGGGGGCUGGAGGCCAUGGCCGUAACAGGAGAAAGGACACCAGCAAGACCACAGGGGGUGUGAGGAGCCACUCGAGCACAGCAGCUGGUAAAGGUGCUGCAGGUUGGUCUUCAUCCUCGAGUGAAAGCCCUAUGGCCAAGCCAGAGCCCCGCAAGUUGAAGCGAGCUGCUCUGCAGGGUGAAGCCACACCCAGGACCGCCCAGGAGGCUGUCAGCCGGGAGCAGGCACAGCAGUCUCUGGACAAAACUCCAGGGGAUGGACUGGCCACCCAAGUGGCAGGCAGCCAGGAAGAAGCAGCAGUGUCUGCUGUAGAAGCUGGUGAUGAGAGCACCCCCUCAUCCACUGAUGGGGGCAUAGCAGAUAAAAGUGGCAUUUCCAUGGAUGACUUUACACCCCCAGGAUCCGGGGCAUGCAAAUUUAUUGGCUCACUUCAUUCCUAUAGCUUCUCCUCCAAGCAUGCUAGGGAAAGGCCGUCUGUGCCUAGAGAGCCUAUUGACCGGAAGAGGCUGAAGAGAGACGUGGAGCCGAGUUGCAGUGGGAGUGGUUUGGGGCCAGAAAAGGGCCUGACCCAGAGCCCCCCUAGUUCUUCACUCAUAGCAACGCCUCAGAAGCCUUCCCAGAGCCCCUCUGCCCCUCCAGCUGAUGUCACACCGAAGCCUGCUGCAGAAGCUGUGCAGAGUGAACACAGUGAUGCCAGCCCCAUGUCCAUCAAUGAGGUCAUUUUGUCUGCGUCAGGGGCCUGCAGGCUCAUCGGCUCCCUGCACUCCUACUGCUUCUCAUCCCGGCAGAGCAAGAGCCAGGUGUGCUGCCUGCGUGAACAGGUGGAAAAGAAGAAUGGUGAGCUCAAGAGCCUGCGGCAGAGGGUCAGCCGCUCCGACAGCCAGGUGCGCAAGCUGCAGGAGAAGCUGGACGCGAUGAAGAGAGUGAGCGUCCCCUACCUGAGUGGCCUGCUGUCCCCCAGCCGUGAACCUCCCAAGAUGAACCCGGUGGUGGAGCCGCUGUCCUGGAUGCUGGGCACCUGGCUGUCGGACCCGCCAGGCGCUGGCACCUUCCCAACAGUGCAGCCCUUUCAGUACCUGGAGGAGGUUCACAUCUCCCAUGUGGGCCAGCCCGUGCUGAACUUUUCGUUCAACUCCUUCCACCCGCACACGCGCAAACCCAUGCACAGAGAGUGUGGCUUCAUCCGCCUGGAGCCUGACACCAACAAGGUGGCCUUCGUCAGCGCCCAGAACACAGGCAUCGUGGAAGUGGAGGAGGGCGAGGUGAACGGGCAGGAGCUGUGCAUUGCAUCCCACUCCAUCGCCAGGAUCUCCUUCGCCAAGGAGCCCCAUGUGGAGCAGAUUACCAGAAAAUUCAGGCUGAACUCUGAAGGCAAACUUGAACAGACGGUCUCCAUGGCAACCACUACACAGCCCAUGACUCCGCACCUUCACGUCACCUACAAGAAGGUGACCCCGUAACCUGACGAGGGUCUGGUUGCUGUGUGGCAGGUCAGCUUCGCAGCAGAUGUGGGGUGGCUGUGCACCCUGCUGGCUCAAGAGUGUUGUCCAGAUGUUCUGUAAUGGCAGAAAACCAAAUAAAAGGCCUUUAUUUUUAUGGCUAAGGAUUUUGAAUAUUA